GUUACCGUCCGUUUAACUGAAUUAAUAACCAUCCUACUCAAAACCCAAAUUAAUCAAGCUUUCUCCCUUCUUUUCCUCUUCUUCUUUCUGGGAUCCCAUAUAUCACUCUUCCAAUGGCUGUCCCAGGGGACCAUUCUGAGCUAAAUGUCACAGCGGUUCCUCAGCCUACUACCACACCAAACUGGACAAUCAAUGUCCCAGAUAUAAGAACAAUCAAGGUUGAUAAUAUUUCAAUAAAUGCUUCCGAGUGGGAUAUCACAGAAUUCUUCUCUUUCUCUGGAGAUAUUCAGUAUGUUGAAAUGCAAAGGGAGAGUGAGACAUCUCAGCUCGCUUAUGUAACCUUCAAGGAGCCACGAGGGGCAGAGACAGCAAUACUCCUGUCGGGAUCCACCUUCUCUGGCCUUCCUGUGACAGUUACCACAGUGGAGGAUUAUCAGUUGCCUCCAGAAGCUCUUCCACUCAACUUGGGAAAUAAUCCACCUGCUACCGAAACUGCUUUUAAAAAGGCUGAAGAUGUGGUAAGUACCUUGCUGGCAAAGGGCUAUGUCUUGGGAAAGGAUGCCAUCAACAAGGCAAAGGCCCUUGAUGAACAGCAUCACGUGAUAUCAAAUGCAUCUGCCACAGUUUCAUCCAUUGACAGUAAGAUGGGUCUGAGUGAAAAGCUAAGCAUGGGAACAGCUAAAGUCAAUGAAAAGUUGAAAGAGGUUGAUGAGCAGUUCCAGGUAUCGGAGAAGACGACAACUGCCUUGUCAGUUGCUGAACAGACUGCAAGCAAUGCAGGAUCUGCUAUCAUGAGCAAUCGUUACAUAUUAACCGGAGUUACAUGGGUUUCAAGUGCUCUUAGCGCAGUCACUAAGACGGCCGAGGAUGUUAGCACGAUGACCAAAGAGAAGAUUGAGAAGGCUGAAGAGGAGAAAAAGGAGGCCAUUUUCAGGGAAAGGACUGGAAUCAUUAAUGAUUUUUCACAGGUUCAUCUUGACAGCCCUACAGCAGGAGACCCUCCCAUUCUUCCAAUUGAUUCAACUGACAGUAAGCUUGGAAAUAUAUGAUUGCAUUGGAUUUUCUAGCAUAGCUAUUCUUCUGAUUUCCCUCUAUGAUAAACUUCUAUACUGGCUUUUAUUUUACAUACAAUGCUUGCUAGUAGUUCACUGCCAGGCAAUUUAACAUCAGUCUUGACUGUCACCCUGCACCUUGUUAAUGAAUGUGCACCUCAUGGAUGAUCCUGAUGUAUUACUGAAAGCUUUAAGUGACUUAAAAAGAAAUGGAAAAAAAUAAUAUAUUUAGUCCA